GGACGGUAUUGCAGUGGGGCAGGAUUAUCUGAUCUGGCCCAGACAUCGCUGUGUAACGCAGGCUAUGUUUGCCUGGGAGGAAACUCUGCUCCCUGCCCUUCUGAUGGGAUUCAUGGAUACAGAUGUCCCAGCGGCUUCUACUGUCCUACGGGCACUGGGGUCGAACUGCCCUGUGAGCCUGGCACAUUCAGCCCUGUGCCUGGGGCAAGUGUCUGCCUCCCUUGCCCAGCUGGUAUGGCCUGCAGCAGUGCUGCCACUGUCGAGCCACUCGGCUGCCCCAGAGGUUACUAUUGUCCAGUUCGGACGGCUGUCCCCCUGCCGUGCCCUGAGGGGACACUGAACGCCUUGGAGGGGGCAUUUGCCCCCACUGCCUGCAGGCUGUGCCCAGUGGGGAGGUACUGCAGAGGAGAUGCUAACUGGGAACCUGAUGGUCUGUGUUCAGCUGGGUACUACUGUGAAGGAGGAGCCACUGAUGCUAUUCCACAUGGGACACCUGCGUUCCCGCUCAGUGGCCCCUGCCCACUUGGGCACUAUUGUCCAGAGGGUACUCAUUUCCCAAUUGCCUGCCCAGUGGGGACCCUGAACAAUGCCACAGACUUCAUAGAGUUCAUUGGAUCAAUACUUGCUCUGCUUCUGCACCAAAUCGUUAGUAGUACAUUGUAUAUAAAUUCUGACUGUCCUCUCUGCUCCAGGCGUGGACGGCUGGAGGGGAAGUGUGCUGCUGGAUACUUCUGCCUUGCUGGGAGCUCUCAGUCUACUCCACAGGGCCACAGCUUUUCCUGGCGCGUCCUGUCUGGGUGCCGCUGGGGUCAGGUGUGUGCAGGGCUGUGUCCUGCAGGUUUCUACUGCCUGGAGGGAUCUGAGGUACCUAUACCGUGUCCUGCCAAUACUAUUAGAGAUGUUCCAGGGGCUGCAAAGAGAGAAGACUGCCUGCCCUGUCCACCAGGCCACUGGUGCAAAGCAGGGGAUUCAGAGGCCUACCUGUGUCCAUCAGGACACUAUUGCUUCAGAGGCAAUGGCAGCGACCACAGCAGUCUCUUGGCACCUCAGAAAUGCCCUCCGCAAACUUACCGCAAGCACCCAGGAGCUCAGAGCCUGACGGAUUGCCAACCAUGUCCUCCAGGCUAUCACUGCCCUUUAUCAGGUCUGACCACGUUUGAGGAUUAUCCGUGCCCCCCUGGAUACUGGUGCCCUGGGAAAGGGGAUGCUUUCCUUUGUCCAGCUGGCACUUCCAGGAUCCAGCCUGGUGCAAAAUCAUUGGAAGAGUGUGAUCCCUGCUCACCUGGAUACUAUUGCCCGGAUCCAGCACAGACAGGGCUGCCUAACACCCAAGGAGUACCUUGUAAACCUGGCUAUGAAUGCCCAGCAGGUUCAGUAAAUCCUAAGCCUUGCAGGCCUGGCCUAUACUGUGGUGCUCACACAGCUGCGCCUUCUGUGUGCCCUGCUGGGUAUUACUGUCCCGAAGGAUCAUCGACAUACAAUAGCCCUGAGCAGCUGUGUGUGUUUCCCUACUACUGUCCCCCAGGCAGUGCUCAUCCACUGCCUUGUGAAGGAGGGUACAUGGCCCUCAGCUUGCCUGGUCUAAGGGAUUCAUUUGAGAAAUUCUGCAGAAUCUGCGAUGGAGGCACCUAUCGUAGUGACUCUCUCAUCACGGCACCCUGUCAGCCCUGCCCAGCAGGCUUCAUCUGCCCGCAAGGCAGUGAGGGUUACCACAAGAAGCCAUGCCCCAGUGGCUAUUACUGCCCUCCCCUGGCAUCUGCCCCUCUGCCCUGUCCCCCGGGGACCUAUGGGAGCAGCAACUUUGCAAAGCGUAUAGAGGAUUGCCAGGCCUGUCCUGCCAACACCUUCAAUCACCUUCCUGCUCAGGCUGCCUGUUUCCCCUGUGGCAGCUCUUCUUCCUCUCAGCCUGGUGCUGCCAGCUGUACCUGCCAUGGGUUGAACCGGGCUUUCCAGCAGUCGGAUGCCUCCUGUAUUUGCCAGGCAGGUUACAUUUACUAUGAUGAGCGAGGCAAGAAAGACCCUGACAGCAACAGCAAUCAGGACUGCCGACCUCAGGUGGAUGAGCUCUGCGCUCCUGGAGAGGUCCGUCUAGCAUCUACGCGCCAGUGUGUUUUUCCUGAGCAAUAUGACUGCUCUCCUUCUUGUGGGCCUGCAGGUGGAGAGAUUAAUGCAGAGCUGGGCAUAUGUCACUGCAAGCAGUAUGUCUCUUCGGAGGAACUCUGUGACCAACUGUGUUUGCAGAGAGCCCCACGGAUCUCCUUGGGAUUUGGUAUCAAUAGAGAGCUGCUUCUGAGGAUAAACGAAGGAGAAGCGAGGGAAGUGGCAAAUGUUCUGGGCCCAGAUGAACAUGUGCAGAAAAGUCAGCGAGUGCAUUUGGUUCUGUUUAGUCCCAGUGGAGUGCUAGGUUUCAUUGUCUCCAGCACAGAUGUACUGGAUGCAUUUCUCACGGGUUUGCCCAUGUUUUCCUGGAGUCUGGGACAUAUGUUUUCAGGGAUAGGACCAUUCAGGAACACUUCCUGAUUGUGACUGUGAAUGAAGCAAAUGUGGGCUGUGACCGCAGAGAUGUAUCCUUCCAGCCCUCUUCUCUGUUCCAGCUGGCCAGACAUGGCGUUUUGAAGCAACGGGAUCUGAACUUGGCUCCUAACUGGGCUGCUAUCACAGUGGUCCUUUUUGUUCUGGGCUUCCUGAUCGUGGUGCUGACAACCCUGGCUGUAGUGCUC